UCGACGCCAAGGAAUCGGACGUGAGAAGGGAGCGAAGCCCGGAAGAGUAGGAAAACAGGAGGAAAAUCAGGGGGAUUCCCCAUCAUCCCAAAAGGACAUGCCCUGGCAAGGACCUCGCUCGCUGUGGCUGCACUGCCGACGGAACUGGCGAAGAUGUGGAUAUGGAAGUGGCAGCCCGAGAAUCCAGUUCUCGGUUGCUUGGACUCGAUAUCAGCGGAUUCUUUAAAUCCGGAUCUUGAAAGGCGACGGGCGUAGUUCUUAUCGCUACGCCCUGCUAUUAUAUCUCUAAAUGAACCUAAAGAAUAUCAUAGCAACAUCAUAUCAAUCCAUAUCGAUUAGACCCUUUUAGACCCUAUGAUUAGGCAAUUGUUUUAAUUAUGGUAUUGUUUUGUAUUUGAAAGGAAAAUGAAUGUGAUUUUACGUAAAUAAAAGAAAUUACUUGUAAUUUAAUAAGCUCCUAAAA